GUACUGAACAUUUCUGAGAAGGAGUUUUUGGAACAAAUGGGAAAGUUCUUCGUCUCGUUUCUUGGUCAGUAUGGCUACGACCGAGUUCUCUCUGUUCUAGGACGUCACAUGCGAGACUUCUUGAAUGGUCUAGACAACCUACACGAGUACCUGAAAUUCAGUUACUCCCGGCUGAAAGCGCCAUCUUUUUUCUGCGAAAAUGAAUCAGCAACAGGUUUAACCCUACAUUACCGUAGCACACGUCGUGGUUUCUUAUGGUACACUGUUGGGCAGAUAAAGGAAGUUGGAAGUCAUUUCUACAAGACUGAUGUCGAGAUUGAGGUGAUAAGGGAAGAGGUUAAGAUGAAUACUCUUGAUGUCACCAUGAAGCUGACAUUCAACAACUCAGCUUUCCAGUCAGAAGAAAAUAAUCAUAUCGCAAAGAUUGACAAAGCGAUGCUCCCUGUCCAGCCUCAUCUCUUUCUUCAAAUAUUUCCUUUCUGUGUUGUAUUCGAUGAAAAACUAGCCAUUAAAAGCAUAGGGGAUAGUCUCCAAAAUGUGUUUCCAAAAUGCAUAGGAAAGAAAAUAUUGGACAUCUUUGACGUCAAUAGACCUAUCAUUGACUUCUCCUGGAAAUCA